AUGCUGCAGUGCUUCAACAAGCCUGUAAUGCUGCAGUGCUUCAACAAGCCUGUAAUGCUGAAGUGCUUCAACAAGCCUGUAAUGCUGCAGUGCUUCAACAAGCCUACAGUGUUGCAGUGCUUCAACAAGCCUACAGUGUUGCAGUGCUUCAACAAGCCUACAGUGUUGCAGUGCUUCAACAAGUCUACAGUGUUGCAGUGCUUCAACAAGCCUACAGUGUUGCAGUGCUUCAACAAGCCUUGCUUCAACAAGCCUACAGUGUUGCAGUGCUUCAACAAGCCUACAGUGUUGCAGUGCUUCAACAAGCCUACAGUGUUGCAGUGCUUCAACAAGCCUACAGUGUUGCAGUGCUUCAACAAGCCUGUAAUGCUGCAGUGCUUCAACAAGCCUGUAAUGCUGCAGUGCUUCAACAAGCCUACAGUGUUACAGGGCUUCAACAAGCCUACAGUGUUGCAGUGCUUCAACAAGCCAGUAAUGCUGCAGUGCUUCAACAAGCCUGUAAUGCUGCAGUGCUUCAACAAGCCUGUAAUGCUGCAGUGCUUCAACAAACCUACAGUGUUACAGGGCUUCAACAAGCCUACAGUGUUGCAGUGCUUCAACAAGCCUGUAAUGCUGCAGUGCUUCAACAAGCCUGUAAUGCUGCAGUGUUUCAACAAGCCUGUAAUGCUGCAGUGCUUCAACAAGCCUAAUGUGUUGCAGUGCUUCAACAAGCCUGUAAUGCUGCAGUGCUUCAACAAGCCUGUAAUGCUGCAGUGCUUCAACAAGCCUACAGUAUUGCAGUGCUUCAACAAGCCUGUAAUGCUGCAGUGCUUCAACAAGCCUGUAAUGCUGCAGUGCUUCAACAAGCCUGUAAUGCUGCAGUGCUUCAACAAGCCUACAGUGUUGCAGUGCUUCAACAAGCCUGUAAUGCUGCAGUGCUUCAACAAGCUUGUAAUGCUGCAGGGCUUCAACAAGCCUACAGUGUUGCAGUGCUUCAACAAGCCUGUAAUGCUGCAGUGCUUCAACAAGCAUACAGUAUUGCAGUGCUUCAACAAGCCUUCAGUGUUGCAGUGCUUCAACAAGCCUGUAAUGCUGCAGGGCUUCAACAAGCCUACAGUGUUGCAGUGCUUCAACAAGCCUGUAAUGCUGCAGUGCUUCAACAAGCCUGUAAUGCUGUAG